AUGGCCGCCAACGAUGCGCCACAGCCGGUGAAGCUCUCACUGCCCCUUGAAUAUCAACAGUCUCUCUUUCAAGAGCUCCGCACAGAGGAUGAGCUCGUCAUUCUGGCACGUGGUCUUGGGCUCAUGCGCCUCUUGACCAAUCUCCUGCAUUCUUACGAUGCUGCCGGCAACAAUCUCAUUGUCGUAGUCAACGCUGAAGAUCGUGAAAACAACUGGAUCGGUGAAGCUCUUGCCGAGCAUGCAGCCAUAAGCAUGGCGCCCCUGGCUCGGGGGCUGACCGUCGUCAACACUGACUACACCAAUGUCGGCACCAGAGAGAAAAUGUAUGCAUCAGGCGGCAUCUUCAGCAUCACGAGCCGGAUCUUGGUGGUGGAUAUGCUCACCAAUCUAUUGAAUGUUGAGAAAAUCACCGGCAUGGUCGUACUACACGCCGACAGGAUAGUUGCUACGAGUCUGGAGGCUUUUAUUCUACGUAUUUACCGCCAGAAGAACAAGGUCGGGUUUUUGAAGGCCUUCGCGGAUAAUCCGGAUCCCUUCACCACUGGUUUCAAUCCUCUCGCGGCCAUGAUGCGUAACUUGUUCCUGAGGAAGGCGAGUCUGUGGCCUCGCUUUCAUGUUUCAGUCGCCCAGUCUCUGGAGGGCAAGAAAAAGGCAGAGGUCAUUGAGCUGGAAGUCCCCAUGACCGAUGCCAUGAAGGAGAUUCAGAAUGCCGUUAUGGAAUGCGUCGAAGUUAGCAUUCAUGAACUCAAGAAGGGAAAUACUGGCCUCGAGAUGGAUGACUGGAAUCUCGACAGCGCCUUGACCAAGAACUUCGAUGUCAUGGUUCGACGUCAGCUCGACCCAAAUUGGCAUAGGGUCAGCUGGAAGACAAAACAGAUCGUCAACGAUCUAACGGUGCUACGCGGCUUGUUGCAGGCCGUUGUCGCAAUGGAUGCUGUGCAAUUCUUGCAAAAUCUAGACACCAUCCAUGCUGCCCAUUCGCCUGCGCCGGGGACAACCAGGCAGAAUCAGUCUCCGUGGCUAUUUCUUGACGCUGCCCAGACCAUUUUUGAUGUCGGCAGGAAGCGAGUCUACAGUGGCGUCAACAAACCAGGCGCAGACUCCAAUAUUGACUCUGUGCGGCCAGUUCUCGAGGAACAGCCCAAAUGGGCUGUACUAGCCGACGUUCUCCAGGAAAUUGACAGAGAUCUUUAUUUCGAGCCAACGGCCCGCGACGACUCCAAUGGCACUGUUUUGAUCAUGUGCUCCGAUGCCGCGACGUGUCGCCAGCUCAAAGAAUACUUGCAAACCAUGCAUGUAAAGCCCAAGGUAGAGCAGCAGAGAAAGAAGAUUGUCUACGAGAGUGCCGAGGACGAUGAUGACGAAGAUAAACCGUCUGCGACGUUCAUGAUGAGGCGUAAGCUCCGACAGUACCUUAAUUGGAAGCGGGAGUUCGCCAAAGUCAGCGCCACACUGUUUGCCGAGAAUCAAAAUGCACUGAAAGGAGCGACAGAUCCACGCUUGCAAAAGACCAGCAGAGCGCCUGCCAACAAGAGGCGGCGCGUCCGGGGCGGUGGCUCCAUGGCGACGAGUCUUGGACGAGCUGAGAAUGGAAGCCUUCUGCCAUAUUUCGAAAAGGCGAGCGAGGUCUCUGAGCUCAUGGAAGAGAUACAGAUCACAGAAGAGGAGGCGAAGCAGAAAGCAGAUGUCAUCGAAGACACAUUGGAAGACAUGGACGACUUCUACGAAAUGUACGAAAUGCAAGAUUUGGUGGUUAUUCACGCCUACGACGGAGACCAAGAUGAGCACGUCCUUGAGGAGGUCAAGCCACGGUAUAUUAUCAUGUACGAGCCCGAGGCUUCGUUUAUCAGACGGGUCGAGGUCUACAGGUCGUCUCACAACGAUCGUAACGUGCGCGUCUACUUCUUGUACUAUGGCGGCUCUGUGGAGGAACAGCGGUAUUUGACUACGGUUCGUCGGGAAAAGGAUGCGUUCACCAAGUUGAUCAAAGAGCGCGCGAGCAUGAGCGUCGUCAUGACCAUUGAUGCUCAUGGCGUUGAAGACCCCCAGGAAGCGUUUCUCAGGACCAUUAACACUCGAAUAGCAGGUGGCGGACGUCUGGCUGCCACAGCACAACCGCCUCGGGUGGUGGUUGACGUCCGGGAGUUCAGAUCUUCUCUGCCGUCGCUUCUGCAUGGUCGCUCCAUGGUCAUCGUGCCUUGCAUGCUGACCGUGGGCGACUACAUCUUGUCGCCCAACAUUUGCAUCGAGCGGAAAUCGGUCAGCGAUCUGAUUUCCUCUUUCAAGGAUGGGCGUCUCUACACUCAGGCUGAAACAAUGUUCCAGCACUACAAGUCGCCGAUGCUCCUGAUUGAGUUCGAUCAGAACAAGUCUUUUACUCUGGAACCCUUCGCCGACCUCUCCGGGAAUCUGAAGAGUGUCAACCCGGACAAUAUCUCGUCUGACCUCCAGUCCAAGAUCGUGCUGCUGACGCUCGCCUUCCCCAAGCUGCGAGUCAUAUGGUCAUCAUCACCAUACCAGACCGCCGAAAUCUUCGAGUCUCUCAAGGCGCAGGAGGAAGAGCCCGAUCCGAUUGCAGCAGUGAGGGCCGGGCUCGAGAGCAAUGAGGUCGCCGAGGAGCAGCCGUUCAACCAGCAGCCGGAGGAGAUGCUGAUGCACGUUCCCGGGGUAACGAGCAAGAACAUCAAGACGUUGACGCUCGAGACCGAAAACAUUAGGGACAUUGCCAACAUGUCCGUUGAAGACCUAGAUCCAAUGGUAGGCGGGGAGGCUGCUAGGAGGAUAUCCAGGUUCUUUGCAAAGGAUCUACUUGAAGAUGAGGAGUAA